UUACAAUAGAGAUAAAAGAAAAAUAUAUAUUAGAAAUAGUUUUAUAAAAGAAAUAUUUUUGAAAAAAUGUUUCAAAAAUUAUUCUGAGAAAGAUUGUGUAGGGUAGUAUAGAGUUUUUAAAUUUUUGAUGCACUUUAAAAAUGCUAAAGACUUUAUGAAACUUUUUGUUACACUGUCAUAAAUGAAAAUAACAUUUCUCAUCUAUAUAUAAAUGCUUAAACAAAUCUGUUGAAAUAAGUAUACUAUUAAAUAAUUGAUAGUAUACUUAUUUCAACAGAUUUGUUUAAGCAUUUAUAUAUAGAUGAGAAAUAUUGAAAUAAGUAUAUAUUACAUAAUCUUCUGAUGAAUACAUUUAUUAUCUCUUCGCAGAAAGCUCGAAUGGCUCGCAUCAGAAUUGCCAAAGCGACAACGGGAGCAGCCUUUGUUAGCAAGAAGAAAGCAGUAGAGGCGAGGAUAGCCGCCAGGGAGAGCGGACAAGAAGUGGAAGAUUUCCCAGAUGAUAUAUUCGAGCUUCAACAUCACCAUCUGCUGAGAUGUCUCGAGAAAACGACGGAUCGUGAAUUUGUGGAGCAUGAAGUGCCAUAUAACGGACAACCAAACAGACCUGCCUCCACACCACCCCUCUCUCCCUUACCCUCUUUCUCUUCUGCAGAAAAUAUCAUCCUACAAAGUUGCUGCGGCCGAAGAUGCAGCAAAAAAUCCUACCAGCAUCACAGGAGUGCGGCAGUGUCGGAUCCUGAAGAAGAGCUCAACGACGUCCAGGUGCGGCUGCAGAACCGAACCUCACCAGACGGCGGACACUUCCACCGGCCCAGUCUCGGCAAUGCCACAGUAGCCACUACCGUCUCCAGUUCCGGCACAGCUACUGUAGUCACCCUACCCCACCCGGACUCUGACAGGAACCCAUCCAACGUCAACCCGCCAGGUACGGCUAACACCGGAAGUGGCGGGGGAGGUGGAGGGAUUAGCAGCGGCACAGUCAGAAUUAGCACCUUGUAAAUGAAGGAAACAGAAAAAAACCUUUCUAGAUAGAGAAAAAAUGAUUCUCUUCUUCCUCCACGUGGCCUUCCGUGGUGAACCGGCUCCACAGACCGGUUCUGGUUCCAGUUCGCACCAGAACGAGUUAUUGAAAAUAAUCCCUUUGGCCUUAUAACCAUUUUCCAGCAUCAAAAUAAACCUGGUUGGUUUCUUUUGUGCAUGCAGAACAAAACAGCAAUGCCUCAAACUAAACGUUGUACUUGUUUGCGUACUGCGUUUGCGUGCUGUCUCGGAAGUUGAGAUCUCUCCGACAAAAUAGAAGUUAUGGAGUUAAAUGAUAUUUAGUUGCUACCUUGAUCUUGUAGCUAUAGCCAUGGCCAUUGUUCGAAUAAAUGAUAGUUCCGAAUGCUGAAAUUUACUGAUCGAGAAUUCCGAUGAUAUAUCUUCACAGAUCCU